UCUCGAUUUAUUUUUGUUCUGUAAAUAUUGAAUUGCUGAAAUGAACUUUUCUGAAUGUUAUAGAUAAUGUUUUUCUAAAUUGAUAAAAUAAUGGAUUUAAUCAAGUUCCAACUGGAAAAUUUCAAACUUUUCUUUAAGGUUGCCUUCCACAUGGAGUGGUCUGCCUGUCAACAUUCGUCAGCAACUUCUGUACAUAUGAUCGGUGGGAAUUUCUGCUAUUUGCGAACGAAUUGAAUCGGAAACGCACGAAUUAUGAAAUCGACAAUAAUAAAUGCUUUUUUAGUAAUUAUCUUGUCAUGUGAUGAAAACUUUGCCGAUUACAACGAUUCAGUGACUCAGUAUGAAGUCACUACUACCACUUCAAUGUUUGUUACUGAUUCCAGUUCAAACGAAAUUUAUAAUUCUGAGUUUCAUGUUGAGGAUGACCUUAUAUCUGAAGCCAUUUCCAAACCAGAGUCAAACUCAAAUGAAACAUAUGACAACUACAAUCUUACCUUUCCAAUCGAGAGUGAGUCCAUUGAAAGCCUAAUAAGUCCAGAGGUUCCUUCAUCAAUAACUUUUCCAUUAGUAAUCAAAAAUGUAUCAGACAUCCUGGAAGAUGUGAAGUUAUCAACAACCACUUUCCAAUCCAUUAUGAGAGCUGAUACAGCUGGAUCAACUUUAACAGCAGCAUCAACAUCGACUCCAAUUGCAUUGUCAUCUACCUUAGAACCAUCAUCAUCAACGACGGUCACCACGAUUAUUGUAAAAAGUGUUGAGGAUUAUCACAAGUACUACAAGUCAGAAAUAAUUAAGUCUGGUAUGGGAUCUCAAUAUUGGAUAAGUGAGGAUAUCAUGUACAAGGCAGACAAGCACCACACAUUGUCAGAAAGUCAUCGCAGUGCCGCAACCAUAUCAUUAAGUUUCCCAUUCACAUUUUAUGGGCAUGAAGUUAAUCAGGUCACCAUAGCAACAGGAGGCUUUUUGUACAUGAGCGAAUUUUUGCACCAGUGGUUGACGGCCACCCAGUACAUAGCCCCCCUCAUGGCUAAUUUUGACACCCAGAUAGGAAAUAACUCAUUCAUCAGACAUUGGGAUAAUGGAUCAAUCUUUGUUGUUUGGUGGGAGGAUGUCUUCCUACAGGAUGAAGUUGAUGGACAUUUUAGUUUCCAAGUUCAGUUGUACAAAAAUGGUACCAUCGUCUUCAGCUAUAAAGAUGUGCCCACUGUCGUAUCUGGAGUACCUUCCCAUCGACAUCCCGUCAAGAUUGGCAUGUCAGAUGCCUACUAUAUGGACAAACCAACAAAUACUGAAAUGAAGCAGAGGACAAUCUAUGAGUAUCACCGAGUGGAGAUCAACAUGUCACUCAUCACUUCCAACACUUCCGUCGUCAUCAGCCCACUUCCAAGUUGCAUACAGAUGAAGAGCUGCUCGGAGUGUGUGUCUGCCUCAAAGAAGAUGGAUCAGACGUGUCAGUGGUGUCCCACACUGCAGCACUGUUCCGAUGGUCUAGACAGGAAGAGGCAGGAAUGGAUGCAUAAUGGCUGCCAUAAGGAUUUCCUGUCAACGGAGGAGCAGUGCAGUCAGUACGUGGCAUGGACGUACUCAUCAAGCCGUCUGCUCACAUCAAACAUCAUCAUCAUGAUCAUCGUCGUCCUCAUAUUCUUCAUGAUGAUGAUGUUGGUACUGGCCUGGCUGACGUAUGCAUAUCGUCACCCCAGCAGCAGAUCUGGCAUCUGGUUGAUUGAGCACCAGCCAUCGCAAAUACGUCAGCGAGUUGUCAACUUCUUCACCCGUCUGCGGACUUCACUGAAUGCAAGCAAGUAUCGAGUGGCUAUGCAACCGGAAGUCGAGAGUCUUGCUCAGAUGUGAUUGACGACAUCAUGUGCAUUGGACCAAGUGAUUGAUAAGGAGUUAAUUAAUUGAUUAAUUAAUUUAUUUAUUAAUUUACUAAGAUAAUUAAUUGCAUUUAUUCAUUAGAAUUAAUUAGUAUUUAAAUCUCAGCUAUGCUAAAUGCAACGUAUGAAGUGAAUGAUUUUCGGUGCGUCUUAAUUCUUAGAUGUUCUUAACCAUCAUCAUCAUUUUUCAAUCAUAUCAUUUCUGAAAAUGCAUUCUUAUUAAUUUGUAUAUUCGUUUAUUUAUCAUGAAAUUUUAUUGUCAAUAUAUAUAUAUGACCUAAUCGUUGUAAAACAUUACACACACGU